AUGAGUCCAGUCGUGUCGAUUGUUCUAACGAGGGAAGUAUGUUCUCGGGCUUCUUGUCGUUAUCUUUUGAAUAUUCACACUCUCACUCUUCCCUCCCGUUUCAGGCAUUCAAUGCAUACACUCCCACAGUCAAAGCCUAUUCCAAACCUGCAACCACAAGCCAACUCCAACUACAACUCCAACUCCAAGUUGAAUGCUAUUCCCAACCGUGAAAGAUUCGAUACCAGCUCAAUUGUCUUGGAUAAAAGUAUAUACAAUGGUAAUUCCAGGAUAAUUAGUCUGGGUCGUCUUGCUAAGGUCGACGAAGCAAGGAGGAUGUUCGAUGAAAUGCNCUCCAAGUUGACUGCUAUUCCCAACCGUGAAAGAUUCGAUACCAGCUCAAUUGUCUUGGAUAAAAGUAUAUACCAUGGUAAUUCCAGGAUAAUUAGUCUGGGUCGUCUUGCUAAGGUCGACGAAGCAAGGANGUUGAAUGCUAUUCCCAACCGUGAAAGAUUCGAUACCAGCUCAAUUGUCUUGGAUAAAAGUAUAUACAAUGGUAAUUCCAGGAUAAUUAGUCUGGGUCGUCUUGCUAAGGUCGACGAAGCAAGGAGGAUGUUCGAUGAAAUGCCUCAUCGGGACAUCGUUUCUUAUGCUUCCAUGAUUACCGUUUAUCUUAAGCACAAUGAUCUCCUGCAAGCCGAGCAGCUUUUCCGUGCAAUGCCUGAGUGGAACAUUGUGGUUGAUUCUGCAAUGGUCAAUGGGUAUGCCAAGGCUGGUCGGAUGGAUGAGGCCCAGGGAAUAUUUGAUAAUAUGCCUGAAAGGAAUGUAUUCUCCUGGACCAGUUUGAUUUCCGGGUAUCUUAGAAGCGGACGAGUCCAUGAGGCUCGCCAACUGUUUGAACGAAUGCCGGAGAAAAAUGUGGUCUCCUGGACUACGGUAGUAUUGGGAUAUGCUCGCAAUGGUUUGAUUGAUCAAGCUCGGACUGUUUUUGAUCAAAUGCCGGAGAAAAAUGUGGUUUCUUGGACGGCCAUGAUGAAGGCCUAUGUUGAGAAUUUCCAAAUUGAUGAGGCACUUAAGCUCUUCCAUCAAAUGCCUCUGCGUAACAUUUAUUCUUGGAACAUAGUGAUUCAUGGUUUUUUAGAUGAGUUUCGAGUAAAUGAGGCUAUUCAGCUAUUUAUUUCAAUGCCUCGGAGGAAUGCAGUUUCUUGGACUACUAUGGUUACAGGUCUGGCACGAACUGGGUCGACCAAACUUGCAAGGCAGUACUUUGAUCAGAUGCCUAAAAAAGACACCGCUGCAUGGAAUGCGAUGAUCACAGCCUAUGCUGACGAAGGGCUGAUGGCUAUGGCCAUUGAGCUUUUCAAUUUGAUGCCGGAGAGGAAUACAGUGACUUGGAAUGCAAUGAUUGAUGGGUAUGCUAGGAAUGGGCCUGAGGGUGAAGCCUUCAAGUACCUCAUUCUCAUGCUUCGGUGCUGCAUUAGACUGAAUGAGACUACUCUCACUAGUUUAUUGACCUCAUGUGAGAGCAUUCAAUUGUUGCAAGCUCAUAGUCUUGUUGUACGGCUUGGGUUUGAGUGUGAGACAUCGCUUAUAAAUGCUCUUGUUACGAUGUAUUCUAGAAGUGGAGAUGUUAGCUCUGCCUGGCUUGCUUUUGAAAAUCUUGAGGCAAAAGAUAUUGUGUCAUGGACUGCAAUAAUAGUAGCAUAUUCGAGUCAUGGCUAUGGUACACUUUCAUUACAGGCCUUUGCACGGAUGCUACGUUCAGGAACCAAGCCUGAUGAAAUUACUUUUGUUGGAGUCUUGUCAGCUUGUAGUCAUGCCGGUCUUGUCAAUAAAGGCCAAAGGCUUUUCAACUCAAUGAGGUGUGCGUAUGAUUUGGAACCAAAGGCAGAGCACUAUGCCUGCCUUGUUGACACCCUAGGUCGAGCGGGACUAGUUGAUGAGGCUACGCGGGUGGUUCGCAAGAUGCCUCCAAGCGAACGGGAUGUUGUUGUUCUAGGGGCAUUACUUGGUGCAUGCAAAUUGAAUGGGGAUGUUGCACUGGCAAGUAACAUUGGAGAGGAACUGAUAGAGGUUGAGCCAGCUAGCUCUGGAGGAUAUGUCCUCUUGGCUAAUGUGUAUGCGGCAUGUGAGAAGUGGGAUGAAUUUGCACGAAUAAGGAAGAAGAUGAAGGAGAGGAAAGUGAAGAAAGUACCUGGUUUUAGUCAAAUAGAAGUACAGGGGAAAAAUCAUGUAUUUUUUGUGGGGGACAGGUCUCAUCCUGAAGUCAAGGAGAUCUACAUACUGCUACAAGAGAAGCUUCUACCUUUGAUGCUAGAAAUGGGUUACAGACAUAUCAAAUCGAGUAUGAAAAGGAGGUAA